AUGACGACAUUUAGCAUGAAAAAACGGACUCGAUUUGGAACCUGGAACGUAAGAACGCUAUUAGAAUCAUCGCGACUAGCUCAAGUUUGCAAGGAAUUUAAGAACUACAACCUACUUAUCUUGGGGCUAAGUGAACUUCGCUGGCCAGAUUUUGGUGAAACAACAACCACGGAGGGGCUCCAUCUUCUAUACUGCGGUAAACCAGCAAGUGACACAAGAUCAUCUGGUGUUGGUCUGCUGCUGUCAAGAGAAGCCCAUAAUGCCGUUAUAAGUUGGAAACCAUAUUCAGAUAGGAUAAUUUCAGUAAGGCUGCGCACCCGUGCACGUAACAUGACAUGUAUACAAUGUUACGCACCUACAGAUGUUUCGGAAUAUUCUGUCAAAGAGGAAUUCUACAGUCUCCUCGAUCGCGCAAUAUCGUCCUCGAACAUCGGCGAUAUCUUAGUGGUAAUGGGUGAUUUCAAUGCCCAAAUUGGUCCUGACAACAGUAGUCUAGAGAAUAUAAUGGGUACUCAUGCACUGGGUAGACGGACAGAAAAUGGUGAGCUUUUUGUCAAUAUGUGUGCGGCGAACAACCUCGUUAUUGGCGGAUCCUUAUUUCCGCACAAACCGGUCCAUAAGGUAACAUGGGUAUCUCCAGAUCCCGUAACUGAGAAUCAGAUUGAUCAUAUAACAAUUAGCCGUAAAUGGCGCGGUUCUCUCCUGGACGUAAGAUGCAAACGAGGUGCUGACAUUGCAAGUGACCACCAUCUAGUGGUGGCAAGUAUGCGCAUCAAAUUAGCUGCAGUAGAUAAUAAUGUCCCAACAAUCCAGAAAAAAUUCGACGUGAUCAAGCUUAGAAAUCCGACAGUAGCCUCAAAUUAUAAUAAUGCAUUACAACAAUCCCUAUCAUCAACAUCAUUUAACCAGCGUAAAAACUGGCAAAAUACUAAACGCAUUAUAACUGAUGCUGCCAAAGCUCAUAUUGGGUAUAAGGAACACAUACAUCGUCUGGUAAAACGUAGCGCACGCAAUGAUAAACGCACUUGGGUAAGCAACAUAUCAACAGAGGCUCAACUGGCAGCCGAUACAAAUCGCAGCGGGGAUCUCUACAAGCUCGUUAAAAGGAUAAUAAACAAACCUAUCAUAUCUGGAAGGCCAAUAAGAAAUGACGAUGGUGUACUCAUAACAUCCAAAGAUGAACAGCGUGAUCUAUGGGCUGAUUAUUAUUCUUCAAUGCUCUCCCCGGGGCCAAACUACGACCCAAUAUGUAAUUGUACUACCCACGAUAACGUAUUAAAUAUAUCCACCACCACUCCUUCGUUAUCUGAUAUUGUAUGCGCAAUCAAGACGCUCAAAAACAACAAAAGCCCUGGAAAUGACAACAUAUCUCCAGAACUUCUCAAAAUAGAUCCUUAUACAAGUGCACAAAUCCUUUUGCCCUUAGUAGAAGAUAUAUGGAUUAACGAAAACGUUCCCGAAGAGCUUAAAGAAGGCAUAAUAACUAUGUCAAACAACAGAUUAUGGCAUCUAACGAACCAAUUACCUAUAACGGUUGAAAUACAAAGGCGAAAAUGGAACUGGGUAGGUCACACCUUACGUAAGUCAAGCUCAGAUAUUGCUAGAACUGCUAUUGAGUGGAACCAGCAAGGCAGCCGCAGAAGAGGACGUCCAGCUCAUACGUGGCGCAGACAAAUUGAGAUCGAUGCUGCAAACAUGCAUACUAGCUGGAAUAAAAUUAAAAACAUCGCUAUGAACAGAUCCAGAUGGAAAGACUUUGUUAAGGCCCUAUGCUCCUUGUAG